AUGGCGCUCCGGAUCGGUUUCAUGGCCCAGCGGGGUCCGGCGCUUUUUCUUCUGCUGACUUUAUGGGCUUCCGUGGAAAUGCGCGCCUUUGCCGUUUCCCUUGUCACCCAGACCUCUGCUUCCCCUAUUUAUUCUCGCGCUGGUUCGCAGAACGGAAGCAUCCUGCCGACUUCUCUUGCCCAUGCGGCCACGCACACAAAGCCCCUGGCUUGCCUGCGUUGUUUAUUUCCUGGAGGUGUACGUACACCGGACGCUUCCGACUCACCUUUGUCUUCGAGAACCAGAAAACCUUCCUCGCACUCGUGUCCGCUCGCCUGCCGCGAAAACGGCGUCCGAAUUCCUAUCGUCGCGUCUCCUGUCGCUCUGUCCCACCAGCUGCAGUGUUUCAUCGCCCCGGGACUGUCCGCUGCUUCGCGUUGUGUGUCUCAUCCGUCUCUGAAAGUGGGGGGAGCUCUAUCGUCUUACGUCCAUACAGGCGUGGCCUCCAGUCUUUCUCUCAACGGCGCGUACCUGUCUCACCAGCAGCCCCGCGUCUUCAAACUCAACGGCAGCCCGCUCCUGCUUUCAUCGCCAUCCCCCCUCUCUUCAUCCCACCUCAACUCUGUCGCUGCAUCAGAUGGACGGCUAGCUGUGUCUGACGGAAUCAAUAGCCCUGGGGCUUCGGCUUCCUCCCCUGAUGGCCCUCAGUUUCCUGCUUCUGCUCCUUCAAGCCCCAGCGCUGUCGGCUCCGGCACCUCCGCGUCUGUGAGUCCUCCUACAGGCAGUCCUUCUCCGUCUGCGGCCUUCUCGCCCUUCUCGAAUGCUGCCUCGCCGUCGCAGUACGGCGCUUCUUCGGCGCCUCUUCCUGCGCCCGCCGAACCGAUUUACCCGACUCCGUUGACCGCCGACACGUCGCUGACGGGACGCCGAAUGGAGAUUGAUCCGACGGGACCUCUGGGGCAGAUGCAGGCCUUGCUACGCGAGGGUAUCUACAAAGCAGGCCCCUACAUACAGGACUGGCCCCAUAACGAAGAGCGGGACGUCGACAUGCUCGUCACGAAACUAGAUGAAACGGCUGCCAUUUCUCCUGGACAGAAGACUGUGAUACAGCUGCCUUUUCGAGAGCGGGACCGCAUGGUGCGACACAUGCGGGCGACGCGGUCGGCGACGAUAUUUUUGGGCUACGUCGACUACAGAGAGGAAGGCGACGUGGAGAUUGCGCGCCCCCAGGAGAACCGGAGUGCGUUGGCCGGGUCGCCCCCCAACAGCCAAGGCACCAAAGACGAUUACAUGCUGAUUGGCUACGGCGCCAUUGCCGAGCCGACGGAGAUCCACAUGCUCGACAAGAGCGGCGAGCUCGGUCUUCGAAUUAUGGGCCGAGUGAAAAUCGUUUCGGUACUCGAAGCCUCGGAACUGAGCUUCCGGGUUCGCGUCGUGCCACACAAAGAUGAGAGCAAGCGCGACGGGUUUGUCAACCCCCUGGUGUCGAGAGAAAACAUCAAAGCGCUCUACAGCCUCUACGAUCGAGUCAACAAGAUGGAGCUCCAUUUCCGGAAGCUGGAAGGAAAGAUGCAUCAAGCCCAUCUCGUUUCUUUACGGCCAAGUCUCGAAGACAAGGUGGACGAAUUCAUCAAUGAGACAUCCGGGGCAACGGAGCAGGACAUCGGCGAGUGGGUCUCAUUCUGCGCCAUGGAUCACCACAUUGAUGCUCGAGCAAGGUGCUGGGCAAUGGCACAGCAGGACACGGAACUUCGCCUUGACGUUGUGAGGCGGUCACUAGAGGACAAGCUUCGACAACUACAGGCAGAAGUCAAACGACUGAAAGACCAGCCGGGGUUUCGGGAUCCGGACGACGUGAAGGCUCCCAUCUCUGAGCAAAUGCCUCUCAACAUUAAACUAUGA